AUGUCGGCUGGUUUGGCCGACUUUACGCCGUUUCACAGCCUGGCUGGCGGGCUGAUGAUGGCCACAUCUCUGCACACGAUGCUUUCCAAGCUAGGCCUGGUCCUCGGCAUCUCGGGUUUCUUUCAUUCGACCGUGUCGUCAACGUUCAAGGCAGUGAAGGGCUCUUCCCGCGACGAGACAGCCUCUAAGGCAACAUCGAGCUCCAUAUUUCCUCUGGUGGCCCCAUACUUCACUGCUGGCAUUUUCCUUGGGGGCGCCGUCCUGGGCAUGUUACGCUCGCGCGUCGAAGCAGGGCUCCGUGUCUCGAUCCUCGAUGAUAUCAGCAGCAGCAAAACUACCUCCUUGGUGUCCAUGGCUGCAUUUGGGCUGCUCGUCGGACUUGGCACAAAGCUGGGUAAUGGGUGCACAUCCGGUCAUUUCCUCUGCGGGCUCUCCCGUUUCUCCCUCAGAUCGCUCGUAGCUACUGCCACCUUCUUUGGCGUUGCUGUGCUCACUCACGUUUCGAUGGCUUCCGCGUCUUCUAUCGCGACAUCAACCUUCCAGUCAAAACUCUCCAGCCAUCUCCCCGCUUCGUUUCCGCAGCCAGACUUCCUGACGCUUUUGGCUCUCCAGACCCCGGCACUCAUCUACAUGAACGCUGCCCACCUCUUUGGUGCUACCGACGCUUCUUCGAGUUCGGAGACGAGGAAAAGAAAACAAGUUCUAGCAGCAAAGGUGAUGGCUUUGGCCGUGGGCACCCAUUUCAGCUUCGCCUUGGCGAUCAGCGGCAUGAUGAGGCCAUCAAAAGUGCUCGGGUUCCUCUCCCUUUCGCCUGCGCUCGUUUCAUCCGCCGCCUGGGAUCCUUCACUCGCCAUGGUAGCCAUUGGCGGCAUCAUUCCGGCCUCGAUCGCAUACCUUCGAAAAGUCAGGCCAAAGCAGGACGAGCUCCGUCGACGAUCCUCGCGGCUAGAAACCAAGGACAAACCCGCGGCAAAGGACGUCCACCUGCGGCCCGAGCUGUCCGUUGCUGCGCCCGAGUGGGGGACGCCAACAAACCCAUUCAAGAUCGAUGCUAAGCUCAUCAUCGGCUCUGUCCUCUUUGGUUUUGGAUGGGGAGCUACGGGCUUGUGCCCCGGCCCUGCCCUUGCAUCUCUAUCUUCCCUCGGUGCUCAGUCUAUCUCACAAGGCAUCUCAUCGGGCGUCGCAGAGCUUGUUGCAUUUGUCGCAGCAAUGGCAGCAGGUGGCCAAAUGGCCGCCUCGCUAUGA